GGUGCAAGUAGUGUUGUUUAGCGGACGAUGCGGAGUCACCACCACCAUCACACAAUACCUGACACAAGUGAGGCAAAUGUAGGAGGAAGGGGCAACUUUCUUCCUCGUUCUGAGCACCAUGGCUCUGGCGAUGGGUUCGAUCAUUUCGGGGUUCUCCAUCAAACGGACGAAACGGUACAAGAAGAUGAGCCUCGGUUCCGCCGCGAUUAGCAUAGUUGCAUCCACUCUGCUAUUCUUCUCGUGGCAUUUCGACCGCCCCGUCUGGGAAACGCUCCUCGUCAUUCCGAUGAGCACUCCCAUCGGUAUCAUCAUAUCGGGCGAGUUUAUUGGCAUGACCGGUCGUGCACCACCGGAAGAUAUGGCCUCGUGUGUAGGGGCAUACUAUCUCAGCCAACAGCUGGGGGUCAUUCUUGGCGGAUCCAUCGCACCGUUGCUGGUGCGGAUGGGAUUUAUGCAGGAUAUUGCUGGAAAGUUCGGGCCGAGAACCCCAGAAAUUGCCCGCCAAGUUCUGAGUGACGCCCGCUAUGUUGAUACGCUGCCGGAGGGUAUGCAGGCGAUUGUCCGAACGAGUCUGCAGUACGGAUAUCAGUUCAUUCCAGUUUUUGCCACGGUGACUGCGGCGUUGUGUUUGCCUAGCUGGAUCCUUACGCCGGAGGAGAGGCUAGAUUAA